GGAGCCUGCUUGCGUACCUCCUCGGGACUCGGCUCUGCCGGAGCCGGGGGCUUUGCUGCGGCGGCUGCGGUCGCGGCGGCGGUGCGGGCCAGAGAUUGGAGUGAACCACAGACACUUACCGACUACUCUCUGCCAACAUGGGGGAGCUUUUCCGGAGCGAGGAGAUGACGCUGGCCCAGCUGUUUCUACAGUCAGAAGCUGCUUAUUGUUGCGUCAGUGAAUUAGGAGAACUCGGAAAGGUUCAGUUUCGUGAUUUAAAUCCAGAUGUGAAUGUUUUCCAGAGGAAAUUUGUGAAUGAAGUCAGAAGAUGUGAAGAAAUGGAUCGAAAGCUUCGAUUUGUCGAGAAAGAGAUAAGGAAAGCAGACAUCCCAAUUCUGGACACUGGUGAAAACCCAGAGGUGCCCUUCCCCCGGGACAUGAUCGACUUAGAGGCCAACUUCGAGAAGAUUGAAAAUGAACUGAAGGAAAUCAACACCAACCAGGAAGCCCUGAAGAGAAACUUCCUGGAACUGACUGAAUUAAAAUUUAUACUUCGCAAAACUCAGCAGUUUUUUGAUGAGGCUGAAUUGCAUCAUCAGCAGAUGGCGGAUCCAGACCUGUUGGAAGAAUCCUCGUCACUCUUGGAGCCAAACGAGAUGGGAAGAGGCACUCCUUUAAGACUUGGCUUCGUGGCCGGUGUGAUUAACCGGGAGCGGAUCCCUACCUUUGAACGCAUGCUUUGGCGAGUGUGCCGCGGGAAUGUGUUCCUGAGACAGGCUGAAAUCGAGAACCCGCUGGAGGAUCCCGUGACUGGCGACCACGUGCACAAGUCUGUAUUCAUCAUUUUUUUCCAAGGCGAUCAGCUGAAAAACAGGGUCAAGAAAAUCUGCGAAGGGUUCCGAGCCUCCCUCUAUCCCUGUCCUGAGACUCCACAGGAGAGGAAAGAAAUGGCUUCUGGAGUCAAUACCAGGAUCGAUGAUCUCCAGAUGGUUCUCAAUCAAACAGAGGACCACCGCCAGAGGGUUCUGCAGGCAGCUGCUAAGAACAUUCGGGUCUGGUUCAUCAAGGUGCGGAAGAUGAAGGCCAUCUACCAUACCCUGAACCUGUGCAACAUAGAUGUGACCCAGAAGUGCCUGAUUGCAGAGGUCUGGUGCCCCGUCACUGACCUUGACUCCAUCCAGUUUGCCCUUAGACGAGGCACGGAACACAGCGGUUCUACUGUCCCCUCCAUUCUGAACAGGAUGCAGACAAACCAGACUCCCCCAACGUACAACAAAACUAACAAGUUCACAAACGGCUUCCAAAACAUAGUAGAUGCUUAUGGGAUUGGGACUUACCGAGAGAUAAACCCAGCUCCAUACACCAUCAUCACUUUCCCUUUCCUGUUUGCUGUGAUGUUUGGAGAUUUCGGGCACGGCAUUUUGAUGACGCUUUUUGCUGUAUGGAUGGUGUUGAGGGAGAGCCGGAUCCUCUCCCAGAAGAACGAGAACGAGAUGUUUAGCACCGUGUUCAGUGGUCGAUACAUUAUUCUUCUGAUGGGAAUAUUCUCCAUCUACACUGGUCUCAUCUACAAUGACUGUUUUUCCAAGUCCCUGAAUAUCUUUGGGUCAUCGUGGAGUGUACGGCCAAUGUUCACUGACGGGAACUGGACGGAAGAGACGCUUCUGGGAAGCUCUGUUCUCCAGCUGAACCCAGCUAUCCCUGGAGUUUUUGGUGGACCGUACCCGUUUGGCAUUGAUCCAAUUUGGAACAUCGCAACCAAUAAACUGACCUUCCUUAACUCCUUCAAGAUGAAGAUGUCUGUUAUUCUCGGGAUCAUCCACAUGCUCUUUGGAGUCAGCCUGAGCCUUUUCAACCACAUCUAUUUCAAGAAACCCCUGAAUAUCUACUUUGGCUUCAUUCCUGAAGUAAUCUUCAUGACCUCCUUGUUUGGCUACCUGGUCAUCCUUAUCUUCUAUAAGUGGACAGCCUACGAUGUCCACUCAUCUAGGAAUGCACCAAGCCUCCUGAUCCACUUCAUCAACAUGUUCCUCUUCUCCUACCCAGAGUCUGGUAAUGCGAUGCUGUACUCGGGACAGAAAGGGAUUCAGUGUUUCCUCAUAGUGGUUGCCAUGCUCUGCGUCCCUUGGAUGCUGCUCUUUAAGCCCCUGAUCCUGCGCCAUCAGUAUUUGCGGAAGAAGCAUUUGGAAGGGCAACCCGUGGAGGCCCCAGUCAGCCCAACCCCGAGCCAGCAGGGACUAGAGGCAGCAUCGGCUGCAACAGGAACUCUCAACUUUGGUGGGAUCAGGGUGGGCAACGGACCGACAGAGGAGGAUGCUGAGAUUAUUCAGCAUGACCAGCUCUCCACCCAUUCAGAGGACGCAGACGAGCCUACCGAGGACGAAGUGUUUGACUUUGCGGACACCAUGGUCCACCAGGCCAUCCACACCAUCGAGUACUGCCUGGGCUGCAUCUCCAACACGGCCUCCUACCUGCGGCUCUGGGCCCUGAGCCUUGCGCAUGCACAGCUCUCUGAAGUACUCUGGACCAUGGUGAUCCACAUAGGCCUGAAUGUCCGGAGUCUGGCCGGAGGGUUUCUGCUGUUCUUCAUCUUCACCGCCUUUGCCACCCUGACUGUGGCCAUUCUGCUGAUCAUGGAGGGCCUCUCGGCCUUCCUCCACGCCCUGCGGUUACACUGGGUGGAAUUCCAGAAUAAAUUCUACUCCGGGGCCGGUUUCAAGUUCCUCCCCUUCUCCUUUGAGCAUAUCCGGGAGGGGAAGUUCGAUGAGUGAGUCCCCGGCAGGGCGCAUGCCCAGAACAGUGUCCCCCCCCCCCCCCCGCCCCCUUCCCUCCACAGGGAUGGUCGGUGUUCCUUUUGCCUGUUGGUUGUGAUCCCUGGAAACCAGGGCAUUUGUGUAACCCCUGCAACCCCUGCCCCAGCUGUGAGUCUUUUAGAUAGGUGCUGGCCUUCCCCAGGUCUCUCCACCCCAAGCCUUGUGUAACGUACAGAUUUCCUAGUGAGAGUCAGAUGGCUGUGCCUGAUGCCCAUCCAUCCCGGGCACCAGUCUCGGCCUCCUGGUCUCCAGACAGACAGCCCUGUUCUACUCCCUACUGGUGAGCCAACCUGCAUAGCCACAUGGGGGCACAGGGCCCUCAGAAUGGAAGGGGGUCCCUCUCCAAGCCAUAGUGCUUGGUCACACCAUGGAGGAGGGUCAAAACAGGUUCCCUUCUGGUAGGGGACAUGGUUUAUGGAACAUAUCCCUCUCCAGGUUAGCCGGGACAUUCAGGAAGAUGCUCUUGUCACCCUUUGCCCUCCGCUCUCCGGUUAGUAUUGAUAGGGACUUCAGCUAGCCCCACAUGGGCCAUGAUGGGUAGCUUCUCCUUAUCACCCCAAAGAUCCCAGGAUGACCAGCACCACCCUCCUAAAGAGCUUCCUCUCCCAGCCCUGUUGGCCCAGCAUAGCAUCCUUGGGAAGGGGAUGGUCUCACAGGGCUUCCCGAUCUGAGAUUACCCUCUACCCAGUCUGCACGAAGGGGCCUCACCCUAUACUCCAUCCCAGGGCAGAAGUUAAAAUUGGCACUCUUCUGGUGCAUCCCCGAGCCCUUCCUCUAUCCUGAUCAUGAUGUCCCGAGGCUGUGGUCAGUAAGGUUGGUUCUGCCGGCAGACCUGCCUUAUCUGCCACUGGUGGUCCCUCCCCAGCUCCCACACUGACCCCACUUUCAGAAGUGGUGUCCUGGGCGGGGAAGGUCAGUCUCCUUUUCAAUUAGCUAACUGGGGGUGACUGGUAGACUGGGGCGCAGGUGUGGUGCGCAAGCGCUGUACAGCCCUGCCAAGCCCUCGUCCCCACCUCAUGUCCUCCUGGCUGUGGAUCUCAGACCCUUCUAAUCAUGUGCUGACCCGUUCACUCACUGCCUUCGGGAGGCGACACUAAAUCUACAAGGCCCCUCCCCUCCCCCACCCUGGCACCCAGGAGAGCUGCCCAGACACUCGCCCAGGCGGGGCUGGCCCACUGGCACCCCGUCCCGAACCCCUCUCCUUUUGUGUCCAGUUUACAUGAAGACCUUUGUUCUGUUCACAGUGAGGCCUGAGGCAGAGUUCUUUGUCAGGGACCCUCAAGGCCUUCUGUCCAGACAGACAUUCCUGUGCUGAAUAAAGUGUGUCUGACUCUCA